CUUAUUAUACGAAGUGGCGGAAGUACUCUAUUUUAUUUAUAUAUUUGAAAGAAGGGAAGACAAUUAUUUAUGAAAAGGUUUUAUUAAUUAUUACUCGUUUUUGCUAUGCUUUUACUUGUGCAAAGUGUUCAUGAGGAAUAUGGAUAAUUAUGGAAUUUGUUCUGUUACUAACUGGAUGUGUGGUAUUUCCAUUUCUUCAUUGUUCUUCCCUAUAUUUUGUUUCAAGAAUAAUACCUGGUAGACCAAAAGGUUUAUAUUAUGCUAUAAGCACAAGGUACUUAAAUAUGUACAGUAUUAAAUAAGCAAAGUAUAGAAGUUAUCAAAGUUAUAUAACUUUAAACUUUCGUUGAAUAAAGAUAUGUAGCUUUAUGAAAGUCUGGCUAUAUCUGGUUUGCUCAUUUACUAAACUUUUUUAUAUGAUUGUUUUGUACCCUUGCCGUUUCAUACCCAGGCUUGGUUGUUUCAUACCGAAACUUGGUUGUUUCGUACCCUGCAGGGUUGGUAGCUUUGUACUCGCUAACAAAGAUCUGUUCUAUAUAAUGGCACUAAUGUGCAGAACUGCCUGCGCCAAUGUAGGUAGUGGCAAUAAUGUGAACAAGCUUUCGUUUGACGCUCGAUUUUUGGUACCGUACCACUUUUUUGGUUCUUGGACUACCUAAAUUCCAAGAACCAAAACAGUGGUACGGGUACCAAUUUUAUCCGUGCCGUACCAAAAAUUGAGCGUAGUGUAAACAAGGAUUUACAUUAUUUUGUGUUAUUCGUAUAUUUCAGGCUGGUCUCAUUCCUUCAAGCUGUCUGUGCAUCUUGUGUUGGUCUACAAGUUAUCUUGAAAUGUAACAAUGUCAUGAAAGACAGGUAAUACGAUCAUGGUCAAUUGCUUGCCUAGGUCUUGAAAGUUACCAAAAAAAGUCCUUGAAAGUCCUGGAAAAAUCCUUGAAAGUCCUGGAAAAAUCCUUGGAUUUCAUCUUCACUAAUGGGUAGAAUCCCUGCAUGUUGUAACUAUAUAACCAAGUGCUCCUGACAAGAUUUAAUUAUAUUUUCUCUUGUUUCUUUGCUCCAUUUUAUAAAAUAAUAUUGUUUCAUCUGUGCCACAUGUUAAUCUUUGUAAUAACCGAUGUUCCUCAAAUUCCUUUCUAGGUUUUCGUCUGUCAAUUAUUAUGCUUGGUUUGGUUUUUCGUAUUUUUACUAUGAUCUCGGAGCAAUGUUCCUAGAAAGUUAUCACAGUUUUCCAAAUGAUAGUCUUAUUACAAAUUGUCACAGACUUUUAGCCAAGAAAUGGUUGAUUGUACUACAUCAUAUCUUUCUGCCAAUAUUUGGUUUUCCAAUGAUUGUGGUAAGUAGGUAAUGAUAGGUAUUUUACCUGGUUGACAUGAACUCAAACUAGUUUGUUUUAAUAGUUUUACAGACGUGGUCUUGGCGAUUUCUUUGUUGGCUGUAUUUAUUUAGCUGAAAUGAGCACGCCGUUUUUAUCCGUACAUGCAAUACUACGAAAGGUGAGAAUUUAAUUACAGAACGUACCAGGCUGGGGCACAGGGCAGUUUUUUAUACACUCUGUAUAGUUCAUUGGUUUUAUCCAAUGUUUUUUCUUUCCAUAGCUUGACUUAUAGAUAUUUAUCUAUUUUAGCUGGACAUGCAAAAGCAUAUCAUCUUCAAAGUAAAUGGAUUUUUAUUAGCAAUCUCGUUUUUCAUUGGUCGAAUUUUCGUCUUUCCGUUCAUGUACUACAGCUACGCCAAACACUCGGAUCUCUAUAUAUGGCAAGUUCCGUUCAAAAUACCAUUACUUUGUAACAUCAGCUGUUUCGGAUUGUUGACAGUACAGCUUGUCUGGUUUAUUACAAUAGUUCGCCAAGUUGUUGCAUUCAUGAAGACAUUCAUGACGUCGUACAAGGACGAAGACAGUGUACAUCAUCAAACAAGAAGUUUCAGUAAAAAUAAUAAUAGUCAAACGUUAAACAGUACAUUGCUUUCCAAUGACAAAGAACGAUAGUUUAAAUGAUUUUUUCAUUGAAAUUAUGUUUAUACUGCUCUGAAGUUAAUGAAGACAAUUGGACAGAGUUCUUUAUCUCUAUAAAAUUUGGAUGUUCUUGUGUGCGAGCAAUCAAAGGCAUUUUUGUUGAGAGACUGUUGGACUCUGGUUUGAAUCUUCGCUUUACAGAAUAUUGAACCAACUGACUUAUGGUUGGAGAGGAUCAACAAAUCUCGUUAAUAAUUCAUGAUAAAUUAGCUGACUGAAUAAAUUGAUCAAAUUGUGCGGACUUGAAAUCGAGUGGCAAUGAUCAUAAGAUACGACGGGUGUCAAAACAGUUAUAAAUUCAUCACCAGAAAUAGCAUAUUUCCUCUAUAAAAAUCUAUAACCUCCUGGAGGCUUAUUUUUUCCAUUGAUUCUGAACCAGUGGCUAAUUAGGGGCUAAAUAGAGGUCGGGGCUAUAUAAAACAAUUGGAUAAAUUUUUACCAUAUUUUAUUUAGCCACAUCAGUGAACGUUGCAUACACAGCAAUAAUUUUGUCUGCGCGGUUGACACAAAGCUGGCUUAAGCUGGCUUCACUUUUUGUACUCGAAUUCUUGCUCCAGAUAUAUUGAGCACAGUGUACAUUAUGUCACUCUUCUGUACUACCUAAUUUGUCAUUGAACACCAUCUGAAACAAGUCUAAGGCGCCGAAUCAACAAAUUUCUACACACCAAAAAAUCCAACUGCAAAUUUUAUUCGCGCAAAGCGUCUGUUUACAGUUCUACUCAACUUUUUUAAAGCAUAAGUUACCUAACAAACUAAGACGACAACGUUCCAACAAGUAUUCACUAUCUAAAAUUUCUACAACUUACAAAGACAGAAUAAAGUUGGAAUAAAAACUCCCAAAGCAAUUAGAACAGGGAGAAGUAAACUACUUUCAUCAGAAGCGUAAGGAUCUGUAGCUUUAGGACCAGAUGUUUUCCUAGUUCGCUCAGGUUUAUCUUCCGCCUUGUUCUCCUCGUCAUCUGGAGUGUCGUUCUCAUCUUCAUGGGCACCCGGCAGUGGUGGCAAUUUAGGUACGUCUAGAAAGAAACACAAU